AUGCUGACAGACUUUAUCCUGGUGCUCAUCGUCCUUGGUGUCAUCCCCUCAGGUUCCUGCACGAUUGUUACAGCCACUGCGGGCUUCAGUUCAAUGGCCGAAAAUGAGGACGCCCUCCUCAGACAUUUAUUCCAAGGUUAUCAGAAAUGGGUUCGCCCUGUAUUAAAUUCUAAUGACACCAUAAAAGUAUACUUUGGAUUGAAAAUAUCUCAGCUCGUAGAUGUGGAUGAAAAAAAUCAGCUGAUGACAACCAAUGUGUGGCUCAAGCAGGAAUGGACAGACCACAAAUUACGCUGGAAUCCUGAUGAAUAUGGUGGAAUUCAUUCAAUUAAAGUUCCAUCAGAAUCUCUCUGGCUUCCUGACAUAGUUCUCUUUGAAAAUGCUGAUGGACGUUUCGAAGGCUCCCUCAUGACCAAAGUCGUAGUGAAAUCUAAUGGAACCGUCAUUUGGACCCCUCCCGCCAGUUACAAAAGUUCCUGCACCAUGGACGUCACGUUUUUCCCAUUUGACCGGCAGAACUGCUCCAUGAAAUUUGGAUCCUGGACUUACGAUGGUACUAUGGUUGACCUCAUUUUGAUCAAUGAAAAUGUUGACAGAAAAGACUUCUUUGAUAAUGGAGAAUGGGAAAUACUAAAUGCAAAAGGGAUGAAGGGCAACAGAAGAGAUGGUUUAUAUUCGUAUCCAUUCAUCACGUAUUCCUUCGUCCUUCGACGCCUGCCUCUGUUCUACACCCUCUUCCUGAUCAUCCCCUGCUUGGGGCUGUCUUUUCUAACAGUUCUCGUAUUCUAUUUACCUUCCGAUGAAGGAGAAAAACUUUCCUUGUCAACAUCCGUUUUGGUUUCCCUGACAGUUUUUCUUUUAGUCAUUGAGGAAAUAAUCCCAUCUUCUUCAAAGGUCAUUCCUCUCAUUGGGGAGUACCUACUGUUCAUUAUGAUUUUCGUCACCCUGUCGAUUAUUGUCACUGUGUUUGUCAUUAAUGUUCACCACCGAUCUUCUUCAACCUACCAUCCCAUGGCCCCCUGGGUUAAGAGGCUAUUUCUGCAAAAACUUCCUAAAUUGCUUUGCAUGAAAGACCAUGUGGAUCGCUACUCUUUCCCAGAUAAAGAUGAGAGUAAACAGGUAGGGAAAGGUAAAGUCCUAGAAAAAAAGAAACAAAAACAGAUGAGUGAUGGAGAAAAAGUUCUGGUUGCUUUCUUGGAAAAGGCCGCUGAUUCCAUUAGAUACAUUUCAAGGCACGUAAAGAAAGAGCAUUUCAUCAGCCAGGUGGUGCAAGACUGGAAAUUUGUAGCUCAAGUUCUUGACCGAAUCUUCCUGUGGAUCUUUCUGGUGGCAUCAGUUACAGGCUCGGUUCUGAUUUUCACCCCCGCUUUGAAGAUGUGGCUGCAUAGCCACCACUAGGAACAAA